AUGUCAAAGAACGCCGUGAGAGGUCUUAGAAGUAUGACAGUGGCCAGACCGCACAUUGUGCCAAACAAAUAUUUCACAGCUAACGUUGCCAAAGAUGUUUGGUCUUUGACCAACGAAGCAGCAGCUGCUGCUGCUGGGAAUGCCCAGAAUAAGGGUAGGGAAUUGAUCAAUUUGGGACAAGGUUUUUUCUCUUAUUCUCCACCAAAAUUUGCCAUCACUGAGGCUAAAAAAGCUGUGGAUAUCCCAUUGGUGAACCAGUAUUCUCCAACUAGAGGUCGUGUUUCUCUGCUUGAGUCGUUGAUUAAGCUUUACUCGCCUUUGUACAAUGCUGAGUUGAAAGCAGAGAACGUCACCGUCACUACGGGUGCUAACGAGGGAAUUUUGUCCUGUCUGAUGGGGAUUCUCAACCCUGGUGAUGAAGUUAUUGUCUUCGAGCCUUUCUUCGAUCAAUAUAUUCCAAAUAUUGAACUUUUGGGUGGGAAAGUUGUCUAUGUACCAAUCAAUCCACCAAAGGAUAUGGAUCAGCGUGUGGUGAAGGGUACCGAGUGGACAGUGGACUAUGAACAGUUCGCCAAUGCAAUCACGGACAAGACCAAAGCUGUCAUUAUUAAUACUCCACAUAACCCAAUCGGCAAAGUGUUCACUCGUGAAGAAUUGACACGUAUAGGUGAGAUAUGUGUCAAGAAGAAUGUAGUUAUCAUUUCGGAUGAAGUUUACGAACACUUGUACUUUACCGAUUCUUUCACAAGAAUAGCCACUUUGAGCCCAGAGAUCGGCCAAUUGACGUUGUCUGUUGGAUCUGCUGGUAAGAGUUUUGCUGCCACAGGUUGGAGGGUCGGCUGGGUCGUCUCACUGAACCCAGAAUUGCUAAGUUAUGUCUCCAAGGCUCACACUAGAAUCUGUUUCGCCUCACCAUCUCCCUUACAGGAAGCUGUGGCUAACUCCAUCAAUGAUGCCUUAGAGAUCAACUACUUCGAAAACAUGAGACAGGAGUACAAGCACAAAUACGAUAUCUUUACCAGCGUUUUCAAAGAAUUGGGCCUUCCUUACACAGAACCUGAAGGAACUUACUUUAUUUUGGUCGACUUCUCCAAGGUUAAGAUUCCUGAAGGCUAUUCAUACCCAGAGGAGAUCGCCAACAAGGCUAAGGACUUCCGCAUUGCAUACUGGCUCAUCAACGAGCUUGGUGUUGUCGCGAUCCCACCAACAGAAUUCUACAUUAAGGAACAUGAGAAGGCUGCAGAGAACUUGCUAAGAUUUGCAGUUUGUAAAGACGACCAGUACUUGGAGAAGGCCGUAGAUAGACUCAGACUGCUCAAGAACUACUUGUAA